CGCCAUCAGGGGGUCACUGGGGGGACAGUCCUCCCGGGCCCGGUGGAUUUCCCCGCUUCCAGGGGGCCCGGCCGCGACCUAACUCUGCCCUGCAUUUUUUCUCCACUGAGCUGCGUCCCGUGCGUAUGCGUGACGUCAGUACGCACGGGCGCAACUCUAUUUAAGCCGCCGCCGCCUGCCGCCUGCAGUCAGAAGAUCGAGGACGUCGCUGGAGGAGGACGUGCUUCCUGGAGACGGCGAACGGACAGCGAAGACGGCGAACGGACAGCGAAGACGGCGAAGAAGGCGAAGAAGACCCUCCUGGAGGAAGAAGAAGACGCCAGCACAAGCAGCUAAACUGUAUCACAGCUGCAAAAGAACAGGAACUGUUGGUAUUUAGCAGGAGUGGCUCAGCUGUUUGCAUGACGUCAUUCUCAGCCUUGAAGCCCUCCUGCUGAACGGAGGUGAAGACAACAGGUAAGUAUUGCACUUGCUGUUGUUGUUUUACAUCUGUUGUCACUUGACUUUAUUAAUAAAAGUUUAUUAUCUCUGUGUCGUUGUGGUCAUUGUAUCAGCUGUUCUCUUUAGUUGUUUUGGUGGUGUUUCCUUUUUGUAUAGUUCUGCACUUUACGUGUUUUGUUAGUUGUGUGCUUGAGAUUUAUUAGCAUUAUUUUUAUACUGGUUCCAAUACCUUCUUUUUGUCCUAUAAUGUAGAUUUAUUUGCACUUUGGGUUUUUCUGACAUUUCAUAGGACUUUUACUUUGCUUGCCAUCAUCUUUACAGUUUUUUUUUUUGUAUAUAAAUAUAUAUAGGUUUUGCAUUUACAGGCCUAGCUGCUUUGUGGUGCCUUGUGCUUAGCUGUUUUUUUAUUAUUUUAACUUUUUCUGCUGUGGGUUUACUGUAGAGCUUUAUUUUUUGAAAACUUGCACUUUAUUUAUUUUGUCGUGGGCUUUGGUACUUUUGCUAGGAUUUUGGUCCCUAGUGUGAUACAUUGAUACUUUUGCACUUGUGUUUAUUUGUAUUACUUAAUUUUUGCCUUGGGUUUUGGUAAUUUUGCUAGGAUUUUGGUCCGUAGUGUGAUACGUUUGCAUCGGUUUGCACUAUUUUUCAGUUUGCACUUUUUACAUUUUGCACUUUAUCUGCUGUUUUUGUAAUUGCCCUUGUGUCCAUAAUCUGUGCUUAACUUUUUUUGUCAAGAGGUAUUUUGUUUACACUUUGUAACAAGUGGGCUCCAUCUUAUUCACCUUGCAUAAAAAAAAGGUAAGAUUUUAAAGGGCCUUCAUCACAGCUACAAGAAUGUAUCACCAUAAGUCUGGAUCUCAGAAACGAAAGGAGAAGCGAGGGCGAGAGCAUGAAGAUGAAAAAAUCAAAAACAAGAAACCAUUGCUCCAAUACUUUAAAAAAUCUAACACUGGCAGUCAAGAUGCAAGAGAAGAUCGUAUGGAUGCUGGCAAAGUCAUUGGGCCAAUUGUCAGCACAUCUUUAAACAAUGUCCAAGAGGAGCCAGUUUCCUGCAGCGAGAAUUGCAUUUUGCCUUCAUGUGACAUCUCCUUGCCCACCACAGAAAUCGAAGAGAAUGCUUCCUGCAACAUGUCUGCUGUUAAUGACACGCUGAUGGAAGAAUAUAGGUCAUGCAGUCUGUCAAGCAUCAAUGCCUCUGAAGAUUUCUUGAGUGAGGCAUUUGAAAGUCAUGAAGGUUUAUCAGGUGUUAACUGGAAAGACCCAGCAUUAUGGCCAGACACUCUGAGAGGUAAAUCUAGAGAGUACAUCGUUCUUGCUGGAUUGAUGAGUGAACAAGAUCUCUUGAAAACUGUACAGUCUUUGCCCAAGGAUUGUGAUGGCCAGGCCUUUAGUGAAUUCCACUUGUAUUCAAAAUCACCGAAUGGACGUGAAAAGAUCCUAAGGGAUUGGCUAAGAUGGAGCGACAGCAAGAAAGUCUUGUACUGUACAACUUGCCUUGCUUUUUCAACAGACUCUGCCAAUAAAACAGGAAGUUCUCUUUGCAGAAAGGAAGGGUAUGAUCCACUGAAGUCAAAGUGGCACAAAUUGUACAAAAAAUUGCCAGAGCAUGAACAUUCAGCACAGCACAGGAAGAACUACUGGAGCUGGCGAUGCCUUCAGAAAUCUGUUGGUGGACAGGGUGUAGACCAUGACAUUCAAAGAACUUUGGCAGUGGAAGCAGAGAAAUUCACUGUGCUCCUGGAGAGGCUUCUUGAUGUAACUCUGUUUCUUGCUUCAAGAAAUUUGGCAUUCAGAGGGAGUUCGCAAAGAGUUGGAGACAUUCAGAAUGGGAAUUUUCUCGGUAUCCUAGAGCUCAUUGCCCAUUAUGAUGCUGUCCUAAACGAGCACCUAGACAAAGUGAAGAGAAGCCAAGAAAAAGGGAAAAAACUUCCAGCUCAUUAUUUAUCAUGGGGAACCCAGAAUGAAUUCAUCAAUCUGUGUGGACGGCAUGUUCUCAAUGCAAUACUUUCCGAAAGGCAAGAGGCUAUCUAUUUUACAGUGAUAUGCGAUGCUUCCCCAGAUAUUUCCCAUACUGAGCAGAAUGUCAUCGUUUUACGUUAUGUGCACAGAUGUUCACAGACAGGUAAGUGGUGCAUUCAAGAGAGAUUUCUUGAAUUUUUUGAUUUUUUUCAGAAGACUGGUGAGGAAAUUGCUGAGAUGCUAACAUCAAGAUUGCGUGAGCACAACAUCGACCUCAAAGAUUGCAGAGGGCAAGGGUAUGAUAACGGAGCCAACAUGGCUGGAAGAAUUAAAGGAGUAAAAUCCAGAAUCCUGGAAAAGUAUCCACAAGCCAUUUUUUGCCCCUGUGCUGCACACUCUUUAAACCUUGUUGGCGUGCAUGCAGCAUCCAGCUGUCCUGAAGUGAAGACAUUUUUUGGAAGUGUGAAUAGAUUGUACGUCCUGUUUAGCAACAGUCCUGAGAGGUGGCAUACCCUAACUGAGGAAAUUGCUGGUUCACUGCAUGGUCUAAGUGACACUAGAUGGAGUUCAAGAGUUGAAGCAAUUCGGCCUGUCGCUAAGAAGCUGCCAAGCAUUCUCCAAGCACUUGAGAAGAUAAUUUCCUCUAGAAGGCUUACAAGUGAUGCACAGUCAGAAGUUGUGGGGCUGUAUAAUUAUUUUUCUUCUUUCCGUGCAAUUCUACUUGCAACUUUUUGGCUAAAAGUUCUACAGUGUUUUGAUGAGAGGAACAAAAUUCUGCAGGCACGGUCAGUUUCCAUGGAGAUUGGAGCCGCAAAUAUAAGAGCAUUGGCAGAAGAAAUGAAAUCUCUUAGAGAAAAGUGGCCUGCUCUACUCUCAGAGGCUAGAUUGGUUGCUGAUGGCAUGGAGAUUCCGGCUGAACUUAUGAACACACAACAGAUUCGCCGAAAGAAGUCACAAACUCCUGGUCAACUGGAAGAUCCUGAAGCUGUUUUUAAAGUCAAUGUUUUUCUCGUGACCCUGGACACUAUCAUUUCUGACCUAAAUCAGAGAUUUAAAUCAAUGGAAGAAAUAUGCAAUUUAUUUGCUCCAAUAUUGAAGUUGAGGAAGCUAACAAAUGAAGAUCUAGAAGCAUCCACCAAGUUGCUGGUUGCCAAAUACCCUCAAGAUCUUACAGACUCGUUACUGGAUGAGUUACAACAUCUUCGUAAGGUCUACAAUGAAACAUUUGAAGGGUCUCUUGGUCAACUGGAAUUAUUAAAUUGUAUCUAUGACCUGCAGCUUGAAGGCAUAUUUGGACAGGUGUGUGUUGCCCUUCGUAUCUUCAUCACACUUCCUCUGUCAGUGGCUGAAGGAGAGAGAGCGUUCAGCAAACUGUCCUUGAUUAAAAACUAUCUACGGUCAACAAUGAGUGAACAGAGACUGAAUAGCCUGGCAAUGCUUUCUAUUGAACACGAACUUGCAAAUCACCUGGAUUUCAAAGAACUUAUCAAAGAUUUUGCAAGCAGUAAAGUGAGGAGACUUUGAGCCCUGUGAAGAUCACUAUUUGCAAUAAGCUUCAGGAGAACAUGGUUUUACAAAGCACUUGACACUUUCAGUCAUAUCUUUUUGAGUAUCUUGGUUACUUCAUCAAUCAUGUACCACUAGAUUUCUAUUUAUACUUCUAAAUGUUAUUUAUUCAUACUAAUAAAAGUUCUUAUUUUUUUAUUGUAAAAAUAGUUUUAUAUCGCGUACCACUAGGUUUCUAUUUAUACUUCUAAAAAGUUAAAUGUUAUUUAUUCAUACUAAUAAAAAUUCUUAUUUUUUAUUGUAAAAAUAGUUUUAUAUCUCAUUUAUUCAUACAAAUAAAAGUAGUUAUUUUGUUUGCUAUAAAAAUAAGUUAUAUAAGGCCUAUAUGUUUACAAACAAUCACAAACUGCCAAUGCACUUUAUAAUCAUCCAGUGGUUAGAUCAUGAAUCAUGUACAACUAGGUUUCUAUUUAUACUUCUGAACAGUUCAUACUAAUAAAAGUUCUUAUUUUUAUAGUAAAAAUAGUUUUAUAUCUUAUGUUCUUUAUUUAUUCAUAUUAAUAA